AUGGUGUUCGUCUCCGAAGGUCCGUCGGACUCCACGCCGCUCAAGCCCGGCAGCGAGUCGUCCGAACCUCCCCCGCACGGCAGCUCAGAUGCCGCCGCGAGCCACGCGCCAGCCGCCGGCCAGCCCGCCUUUCAGUACACCCACCACCCGCACCACCCCCCCGCGCGCGGGGCGUAUCCGCCGCAGCUCCCCCCUCCCGCGGGCUAUCCGUCCGCCGUGGUGGUGAUGGCGCACGGGGCGAGCGGCGGCGAGUUCCCCGUGUUCUCGCCGGCGCCCAUCCCCGGGCUCUACAUGCUGCCGCUGGGCUACGAGACCUGCGCGCCGCCCGUGAGUCGCGCUUCCCCCGCUCGCCGUCACUUGCUCAUGUCACGGGGUGGGUGGCGACCAUCUUGUUGUUGCUCUUCUGCUGGCCGCUCGUCUGCCUGCCGUGCUGCAUCCCGCAGCUUCACGAGAGGUGCCAGCGCCCCGUGUUCGGCUAUUCCCCUGCUGCCCCCGCUACAGGCUUUCCCGCAACCCCCCUCUGACAGGCUUUGCCGCUCCUCGUCCCCCUUACUGCCUCCGCCCUGUACUGCAAACCCUUCUCGGACUGCCCUCGUGCCGCACCUCCACCUACAGCAACAGGCUGCCGCCCCCCUCCUGCGGCAACGCUACCUGCGGUGCAAGGGUGGUGUGGUGGCCUGCCAUGGUUCCCUGGAGUAG